AUGGCUCCCUCAAUCAGUGACUUCCCUCACAGUGUGGCCUCUAUCCAGCCUUCUGUGUGUAAAGUUGGCAUCAACGGGUUCGGCCGUAUAGGUCGAAACGUCUUGCGUGCUUCCCUUACCAGAACAGACCUCCAAAUCGUUGCCAUCAACCACACAUGUACCUCCGUGCAAGACCUCAUCUACCUCAUCAAAUAUGACUCCUGUAUGGGCAAACUAUCCGACGAGAUCUCCAUCCACGCCCUAUCCGACAACCGGAUCACCAUCAACGGUCGCCAGAUUGUCCUCACCUCGGAACGCGACCUGCAGAAGCUGAACUGGAGCGCUGUCGGUGUUGACUAUGUGGUUGAAUGCACCGGCAAGUUCACCAAGCGUGACCUGGCUCUGCAACACGUCACCUACGGCCACGCCAAGCGGGUCGUCAUCUCCGCCCCCAGCUCCGACUCCCCUACAUAUGUGUACGGGGUCAACUCCGAUGAGUACACGGCCGAUGACGACCGCCGCGUGGUUUCUUGUGCCAGCUGUACAACAAACUGCGUCACGCCGGUAUUGAAGGUGCUCCACGAGAAGUUCGGAAUCGUACAGGGACUCCUGACAACGGUGCAUGCGGCGACCCAAUCACAGCAGGUUCUGGAUGGGUACAGCAAGAAGAACCGUCGGCUGGGCCGCAGUGUCUUCGAUAACAUCAUCCCCACUACGACUGGUGCCGCCAAGGCCAUCGCAACUGUCCUGCCUGAACUGACCGGCAAGGUCACCGGAGUGUCCAUCCGCGUACCAGCGCCCAACGUCUCCAUGAUCGACUUGACCGUGACCACAGAGCAACCCACAUCCUUGACCGAGAUAAUAGCCGCAUUCCGCCGCGCAUCCAAGUCCAGUCUUGCCGGAGUCCUCCAUGUCAGCGACGAGGAGCUUGUCAGCAGCGACUACAAGGGAAACCCUAACAGUGCAAUUGUGGACGUCGCUGCUUGCACAGAGUUGAAUCCUCAGUUCUUCAAGAUCAUGGCGUGGUACGAUAACGAAUGGGGAUAUUCGAACCGCCUUCUGGAUUUGACUGCCCACGUGGCCCUGCAGGAGCAAUAG